UGGUAUCGCUGACUUUUGUUUGGACUUGUUUGGACUUGUUUGGUACAGAGACAAGAUAAUCGCAACACAAAGGCAAAAAUAGCAACAAGAAAUAGCAAACCAUGUCGGCUGGAGCGGCGUCGACGGGCGUGAAUGCUGCGAUCGUCAAGGAAGGCUUCAUGACCAAAGAAGGUGGCUCGUACAAAUCGUGGAAGAAGCGCUGGUUUAUUCUCAAGGGAAACACAAUCAGCUACUAUAAGGCGCGCGGCGAUGCAGCCCCUGCCGGCACAAUCUAUGUCGAAGAGUUGUCUGCUGCCGAGCCCACCAACGAGCGGAAAAAGCCACACUGCUUUGCGCUCAAGAGCAAGGACAACGAAGCGCGAGUGUACUACAUGUGCGCAGACUCGGAUGAAGAUAUGAACGACUGGAUCCGGGUCAUCAAUCAGGCUCGCACACGAGAUACAACUCGAACGACAGCUGCACAAAAGCCGUCCGAGCCGAUCAAGCAGUUUGCGACCGCAGAGUGGUUUGUCACCAACGGCAUCCGCAUUGUGGGAGACGUGCACCCAAAGAUUUUGCGCGCAUUGGGCCACGGAGUUCCCAAGGAAGACAAAACGCGCGAUGAGCGCGGCUGGUUUGUCAAUCGCCACUUGCCGCUGAGCACCCUCCUCAACAUUUUCAGCUUCAACGGGUGGAAUGUCGAGACCAUGUACGAAAGCGAAAGCUACUACCCAAACAACCCCACUCCCAAAGACAUUACAUGUGUUGUGCUGUGGAAGACGCGGCAGCCGACACGAGCAACUGCCGAAGGCGGCGACUCUGCCAUUUCCGCGCAGCUCAAGUCGUCGAAUGCGUUCAAAUCGAGGCAGCCCGUGCCGUCGGUCGCUGGACCUGCAUCCCCAACAGCAGCAGCAGCACCACUCUCAUCGACUGUGGCAGCAUCGCCUCUCGCCAAAGCCACCCCGCCACCAAAGCCAGCCCCACCGCGCCAACAGCAACAGCAGCAACAACAGCUUGCAGCCGCCGCAGCGGCUGUCGCGACUGUCGCAGGCAGCUCGGCGGCAACCAGUGGGCGCGCACCAAACGCCGCUGGUCCCACAUCAAGCACUGCUGCAGCGGCAGCCAUGCUCUCCAACGACCCUUCCUAUACUGGCGACGUUCACGGCCGCGUGCUGGCUCCCGCAGUGGAAGGCUUCCGCGUCGAGACGGGUCGCGAGCGCAGUGCCAAUGACACGCACGACCAAAUUCUCAUUGAAAACCCAGAGCUGGAAGUGUGCUGGUACAGCAACUAUUUCAAAGGGCGCACACACAGCAACUUUGUCGGCUUUGAGGAAGAGGAAGGCCCGUUCGUGCUGUCCGUCAUCCAUGAGGUGGACCGUCUCGGCAACCCCUUGCAGCAACAGCAGUCGACCCACUUGACCCACUCGUACCAGUACCGCACGAUUGUCUGGCGGACGACGGUCAUCGAGCGCAUCAUUGUUCCCGUCAAGAACGAGAAGGAAACGUUGUCGCCGUCCGACCUGCUCGCGGCUGCCUGCCCAUCGCUUGCCGAGCGCACUGGCAUCAAGCUCCGCGAGGUGGACGAGCUCACCGACGACUUUGUCAAGCAGCUUGUCGCGAUGGAGGACACAAUCACCAGCAAGCGCUUCAAGUUUGGCGCCCUUUACGCCAAAGACGGCCAGCUGAAGGACAACGACAUGUUCUGCAACGAAACAGGCUCCAAGAGCUUUGAUGAUUUCAUGCUGGCACUCGGCGACAAGAUCGAGCUGGCCAACUGGUCCAAGUUCCGCGCGGGUCUCGACACCAAGAAGGGCAUGACUGGCACACACUCGAUUUACACGGCCUAUCGCGGCUACGAGAUCAUGUUCCACGUCUCCACGAUGCUGCCGUACAAUGAAGCGGACAAGCAGCAGCUGGAGCGCAAGCGUCACAUUGGCAACGACAUUGCAACCAUCGUCUUUGUGGACGGCACCACCCCGUUCUCCCCAAAGGCCAUCUCGUCCCACUUUUUGCACGUCUUUGCCGUCGUGCAACCAGAGGUGGUUGUCGCGGAUGUGGAGGAUUUGCUCGACGCCGAAGGUGGCAUGACUACGCAGUACCGUGUGCAUGUCGUUUCGAGCGACAAGGUGCCAAAGUUUGGCCCGCCAGUGCCCAAUCCGCCAGUCUUCCGCUCCGGCCCCGCCAUGCGAGAAUUCUUGCUGGCCAAGCUGAUCAACGGCGAAACCUCCACCUACGUGUCGGACUCCUUCCAAGCGCGCUCCGUGCGCACCUUGACAACCAUUCUCAAGUACAUUCACGAAAAGUACUUUGAGUCUGGCUCGAAGAGCUCCAUGACCAAGCGGCUCAACAUUACGCCGCAGUCGGUCUACAUUACCAACGGCGCCGCGCUCCUGGCCGAGGCUGGCAGCAGCAUCAACCCACCCAGCACGUCACCUUCUGCGCCGUCCUCCGGCGUGAGCAUUACCAGCAUGCGCAGCCAAGGCGCCGGCGAGACUGUGGGCGGCGCGACCACGUCGCUGUUCUCGGAUUUGUACACGGUCACGCCGCUACUGGCCGAUUUCCCGCACGAGAUUCUCUGCGCCGCCCGUUUGAGCGACGAUGUCAUUUUGCUAGGGACCGAUUUUGGUCUGUUCAUGUGGCAGUGGCACUUUGGUUCUGACGUCAAGGAAAUCCGCACCGAAAAGCGCCGAAGCUUUAGCAAACUGGCCGUUCGCCGCGAUCUCAACCUACUUGCUGCGCUUGGUUGCAAGCGUGGCGGCCACUCUUACGUCAUGCUGUAUGCACUAGAUGACAUUCUUGCCGGAUCCUCCAAGCACGGCGUCAUGGCGGCUUGCAAGGGCCGCAAGUUGAGCCAUUCUCGCGGGUGCGUCGUGAUGGAUUUGCUGCCUGCCGAGGUGUCGCAAAAUGUUGCCUCCCCCGCGCCUGUCAUGCACUCGACCUCCUUCGGACGGCCGUCGCAAGAUCGGAAUGACGAGCAUCGCCCCAUUCUGUGCGUGGCGACUCGAAAGAGCGUCAUGAUGUACAACUGGUCGCUCGGCACUCGCGAGUUUGUCCGGACCCGCGAGCUCUUCCUGCCCGAGCAGUGCACCCAUUUGAAGUUCUCCUGGCAGGGCGUUGCGGUUGCUGUCGGCGGGGAACUGAACAUGCUCGACAUGGAGACGGGCAAUGUCACAACGAGCAUUCUGCCCCAAGCCGGCGUCAAGGCUGGCAUUCAAUCCAUCACCAAGGGUGAAACGAACUCGACGUUGCAAGUGAAUUACAAUAAUUUGACAACUUUUGUUGACUACAAGGGCGCCCAAACACGAGACCUCGUCAUCAAAUGGUCUGCUGUUCCCCAUGGCGUUGUUGUCACAACAUCAUCGCAUCUUCUGGGCUUCACCAACAACACGAUCGAACUGCGCAGCUUGCUUAAUGGCGCAUCAUUGCAGGCAGUGCCCUUCCAAAGCUCUGUGGUGUUGUUGCACGAGGAGAAUGCCAUUUACGUUUCUGCCAACCUCGAGGAUGAAGAAGGAUCUCGCGUGUCGUCCUUUUACCGGAUUGAGUAUAAUAGCAAAAAGGCGUCGAGCUGAUAUUUUUAAAACAACUGUGCUGUUUGUUUCUGUUCUGUUCUGGUUUUUUGUGUGAUUUUUUUUUCUCUAUUCGAUUUCUUGUUUGUUUAUGUUUUCUGUUUCUCGCUUGUCUUUGCUUUUUUUAGUUUUGGUUGUUCUCGUUUCGUGAAGUGCUGAGCUUGUUACAAAAGCGUUCAUUGAUCAAUACACAUAAGAAAUUAGAAC